GCGAUUGGUAUAUAAGAGAUGACCUUCCAAGGCUCAGAUAUAAACAUGAUGAAGCAUUAACAAUUUGCGAUAUACCAUGUAUCUGGACAGUAAAAAAUUUAGAUGAUUUAACGCCCAAAGAACUUAAAAACGCUGAUGCUCUUUUUUGUGUUAAUCAACCAAAGUUACCAAAAAAGAAAGCAUGGAAAGGACAAAAGUUCAUACAAUAUACUUUAGAACCUAAGACUCAUUGCCCACAAUGUCAUGAUAAAAACCACCUAUUUGAUUUCCGCGCAACUCAUGAUGAGAGUUCUGAUGUACCUACAAGUUAUGUUAGAAUGGACUCUACAAGAUGGAGAUUAGUGCCUCCUUUUGAUGUAAAAAAGCUCUCUCAGAAUUCACCAUUUAUUUCGUUUAUCGCUUCUCACUGGACUGAAUUCAGGGAGAAUUUUGUUUCAAGUAUUGAAGCCCAUAUUCCUGUUGCAUCCUUUGGUGGUGUCCGUCAUAACACCGAUUGGAACAUUCAUCCUGAAUGCGAGGGUUUAAGCCACUUUGAUUCAAAGAAUUGUAUAAUUUCUAAAUAUCCAUUUUACUUUUCAAUUGAAAACU